CGCCACGCAUGUCCAUGGCCUGCGUGGAGGGCCCCCCUGAGGUCGUGCUCACGGAGGGCAACGAGGACGUCCAGUAUGUCCUCCUGGACCUUCCGCGGGAGGUGGCUGUAUGGCUCCGGCCAGGCGAAAAGCUGGUCAUCCAGGCUUUAGAUAGCGACAAGCCGAUCAUCAAGUUGGAAAAUGGUAUCGUGCUGCAAGGCACUUACGAGGACCAUCUUGGGGACAUCCUGCUUCUUGAUAAGGAGCCGCUGAGCGCUCCGGGCGCAUCUGGCGCAACCACAGCCAACGCUGUGAACGGCGGGGGCGCAGAAGAGGCAGCACAGCAGCGGCAGAACCAGCAGCAGCAAACCCCAGAGCAAGGGCAGCGGCCGCAACCGCAACGCGCUCGGCAGCAGGAGCAGCAAGCACAGAGCCCACAGCAGCAGCCAUGCACGGUACGACUCCGUGGCCAAACCGACAAGGUGCUCACCUUCAAACCCGUCAUCUCAUCAGCAUGACACAUCCUUGCCAAUGCUAACAUGUCCAUAAAGAGCAAGCAUUAGCGUUUGGAUACAAUAAGAAUUGGGCAGAGGUGAGGUGGCAGAGCGAUCCUUUAGGUCUUGCGACGCACUGCCUUGCAAGGGUUGCGAUAGGAUGGAUGUAGAGGAUGUACGAUAUUGUACGUCAAGGUAGCUUUUUCAUUCUUUCCGUACGUGGGAGGCUUCCUCACACAUGGGAGUUUUAGUUGGAGGGUUGAGCUUAAGACCAGGCGAUUUUGUCCUACUUUAUUGUGAGCAGCCUGAGGUUGGGGUUCGGCUCGGCUUGAACUGCGUGUCCGUGUGGGGGCUACUUCCUAGCUCUAGGCAUGACGUGAAAUACCAACAAACCUGACAACACUGCGUGGAGUAUUACAUUGCAAAGUGGCGGAGUCAACUCGCAACUCUGCGCAUGUCUAUCGGUGACCGGUGUGUUUUACACCGCCGGUACCAACAUUGUAAUGUCGUCGUACAGCCUUCACUGGAUCUCUUUCACCCCGCAACUCCGACCAACGCUACGA